AUGGGCAAGAAGAAGCGCGGUCAUCCCGAUAUCGAGGAGGUUCUCGCGCGUCCUUGGUGUUACUACUGCGAGCGCGACUUUGAUGAUCUGAAGAUUCUAAUCUCACAUCAAAAGGCAAAGCAUUACAAGUGCGACAGAUGUGGACGCAGACUCAACACCGCUGGAGGUGGGUUGACGCGAUUGACGAGAGUGAGGCCCAAACUGACUUGGAGCNNAGGUUUGUCCGUUCAUAUGAACCAAGUGCACAAGGAGAAUCUGACUACGGUCGAGAAUGCUCUGCCCAACCGCUCCGCUCCCGAUAUUGAGAUUUUCGGCAUGGAAGGCAUUCCCGACGAUGUGAUGCAACAACACAACCAGCGUGUUAGCCACGAGUUCUUCGCCGCCGAGGCUGAUCGACGCGCUGCUACAGGCAAUCCUGUUCCUGGUUCGUCGAUACAAGGAGCUGCGGGCACGAAGAAGCCGAAGCUCGAGUCACCAGCCGAGUUGAAGGCACGCUUGGCUGAACACAAGGCAAGAAAGGCGGCUGAGAAGUCGGGCCUGGGGAGCGCUCCUGACACGCCUGCCGACGUCGCCACUCCUCCUCAAUACCAGUCGAGCUUNCCCCCUCCUUCGGCACCACAAGCCGCCAGCCCACCACCUACCGCUUACCCCCCUCAAUCCUACGGUCAAGCCCCUGCUGGCUAUGGUCAACAACCUCCGCCCUUCAACUAUGGCGAAUCGCCGUAUGGAGCACCUCCAGGGCCCUUCCCGCCAGGUCAGUUUGGAUCCCAGCCAUCAUAUUCACCCUCACAGCCCUAUGGUGGUCAAGGCCCUCCUGCGCCUUUUGUUCCUCCUGCUCAGUAUGCCUACCCUCCACACUCUGCAAGUCCAUCUCAAUACCAGAAUUCCCGCCAAGCUCCGCCCAUGAGUCCGCCUGCACAGGAGUUGCCGACCCGCCAGAAUAGCCUUCCUUCAGCCCCAGGCCUUCCGCAGCGCCCUACCUUCAAUGCGCCUCAUGUCAGUAGGGAGCAACUCGCCGAGAUGCACAGUGGAAAUAUGGGUGGCCCUGUCGCUCCUCCGCAAGAGUCUGGUGCUAACGCAACAAGCGUGGACGAACUUAUCUCGGGCGCUGCGGCUCAACAUUCCGCAAAGUCUGCUCCUUCACAACAACCCACGCCUACUCCAGCUCCGGAAAAAGAAGCCGAAAGCGCCGGCAAGAAGUCUAAGAAGGCCACACGUCUGGUCUACUCUGAUCAAGAAGUGUCUCCCGAAGAGAAAAUGGCCCAAAUGCCCAGGUAUGCCUUUACUCCAGACAAAGGUGGCGAAACUUACCUGGCUCCCGUCGAGGCAAAUGUCACUGGCAUUGUCCGGGGUCCCGACGAUGUGAUCGAUGCACAGGGUUAG